GUGAUCUUUUGACGUUUCCAAGGAAGCAUGAAGAGAGACGUCCCAACAGAUUUCUCUGACUUGGCAUAUACAAGCAGCUGUCGUUUAAAGAACAACUUGGCGUAACUCCUUCUUUGACUGGCUAAGUAAAAGUUGCCACAGAAUGUAUCAUUUAGAAGACUUGGGAAUAUUCCUCUACGUGUUUCUACUGUCAGCCUGCUACUAUUUGUGGCGAAGAUGGAAGAGAAACAACUAUUUAAGCGCUGCCGAUCUUGCAGGAAAAUAUGUGCUCAUUACAGGCUGUGACUCUGGCUUUGGACAUUUGGCAGCUAAGACAUUGGCUAAAAAAGGAUUCCAGGUGAUUGCCACCUGCCUGACAGAAAGAGGAGCUACUGACCUCAAAGCGGCUGGUUCCAAGAGGCUCCAGACAUUAUUACUGAAUGUGACUGAUGUAAAUAAUGUCAGAUUGGUGGCAGAAAGUGUUAAAAAAGAAGUAGGAGAGAAAGGUCUGUGGGGCCUGAUCAAUAAUUCAGGGAUAAUGGGACCAUCAGCACCAACUGACUGGCUGAACAUUGAGCACUUUAGAGAACCGAUUGAAGUUAAUUUGAUUGGCCUCAUAAACGUUACGUUAAAUAUGCUGCCCUUGGUGAAGAAAGCCAAAGGGAGAAUAGUCAAUAUAAGCAGUGUUGGUGGUUGCAUAGCAAUAUGCUCAGGAGGCUACUGUCCAUCCAAAUUUGGGGUAGAGGCCUUCAGCGACAGUUUAAGACUAGACAUGAAAGCAUUUGGAGUGUCUGUGUCUUGUAUUGAACCUGGGCUCUUCAAAACUCCUCUCUCUGACAAAAUCAAUGUGUGGGAAAGAAAACAGGCUAUUUGGAAUGAGCUUCCUUCCGAUAUCAGAAAACAGUAUGGCGACGAUUAUCUAGCAAAGGAUGCAGAACAGAAAGAAAAACUGGUCAAACGGUUGCAGAACACGGAUCUCUUCCUGGUCGUAAAGUGCAUGGAGCAUGCUUUAAUGAGCAGAAAUCCACAGAUACGGUACAGCGCAGGCUGGGAUGCCAAACUUUUCUGGAUGCCCCUCUCCUACAUGCCAGCUGCUCUGCAAGACUACGUACUGAUGAAAAAUAAAGUUAAAUUGGCAGACCCAACGUCAGAGUGAUUUCCCUUCCUAUGUUUAUGUGCUUCCGUUGUAACCUCAACCGGUUGGAUCUUUAUCAGUCACUGUUUAACCACAUCCUUUUAAAAAGUCAUGAUUUAAAAGCAGCUCCAACUGAAAGAUCUCCAGAGCUGGGUUCAGAGGUGAACCAUCAUCUGGUGAUGAAGAUUAUAAUCAUUUUAAUACGAUUUCCUUAUCCCAAAAUUAAAAAAACCCAAUAAUCUUUGUUUCUCGAGAUGAAUCUAAGUGGCAUUGGAUUUGCAUUUGACUGAUCAAACAAACCAGCAGUUUACUAGAACGGAGCCAAAAUGAUAGUUUCCAAAUAGACUUCAGUCCUUACUAGAAUAUUUUGUUAAAAUCCUUUUUCUGCUUUGUUUCUGUAGUGUGUUGUUAAUAAAUAAAAGGUAGGCCACAUGGCUCAGCUAGACAGGGAGAAAUCCCUGGAGAUAGUAGCUGGUCAGUGUGUAUGCCCACUCCCAAACCAGGACUGUGUGACCUUGCCUUAAAGCAAGGCACUCUCACUCCCGGCAUAGCCAUCCCAUGAUGCAAUAAAAGGUAGGCGGUGAUUUGCAUAAGGCUGUGCUUGGCUUCAACAAAUACUGAGCAGACCAUUGCAAACAUGCCGAACCAUCCAGUGUCCCAAGCUACCAUGUUUAACAUGACAAUUAAAAGUGUGCUUUGAGGGCUGACAGGUAUGAUAGGGCAUUUGUAGAGAAUGUUUCCAUAUCCCCAAAAUAUGGCAUGUUUAGAAGAGCAACACGCUAUAGUAACUUUGGAAUGUAGCGAACUAAGUUUAAGGCAAAUUACUGUAGUAGCAAGCAAUGCAAAAACUCUAUUGUUCUCCUUGGAUCUUUUUGAUCUAGCAUCUCUUUGUCCUAACCAGGCCAUUUUCUAGUUUACUGUUGAGAAUUACAGUGUGUUGUGCACUUUUUAGCAGUUGUUAAUUUAUUGCACGGUUGAAACUAUAUUGUAGUGUAUUUUCAUAUUACAUUCUUUGUUUUUAUUCUAAGCUGCUUUGGAAACCACUUUGCAAAGAGUUGUUAUAUUUGUUGAAAGAAGUAGAUAUAAUUUUGCGAUGUAUGGUUGUAGAAGAAGUGUCAUAUGUUUUGUAGACUGUAGAAGAAGGGUUGUAUGUUUUUCAAGUGGUGCUAUGUUGCAUUUUACUUAUGUAUAGUUCCCUUUUUUAAAUGAAUGCUGGGACACUUAUAAAAUGAAUAUCUUGCUAAGUCACCAUGAUGUUUGAUGUUGAGCUUAUGUAUCUAUGGGACUCUACCACUAUGGGGAAAGUAGCCCUGUGCUUGUACAGUUAUUAAUAUUUAUACCUUGGUUCAGCUAGGGUAAAGCCACUGUAGACGUGUUGUUCCAAUGGCCAGUAAUCCUUUGUUCCAUUUGAUAUAGGCAUUGUAGUCUUUAGUAAACGUCAGGGUGUUUGUCUGCUGCACCUGUUACACCUUCCUCUGGGAGAAAGCUAUUAAACCCAUCAAAGUCAGUAUACAAUACAAAGUGCCUUAUUAAGGAAUCCCAAACUGAGGACAUGUUGAAUUCCUGUUUCAUCCAUUCAUUCAAUGUCCUCUUAAUAUGAAAAAAUAAGGUUAGUUCCCACAGACUCAUUAAGAAAUAUGAUUGAACGUAACUCAUCUCACAAUCCAUUGAAAUUAUUUCACACAUGAAACACGUCUCAAAGAUGUGUUUUGAGACUUCUUUUAUCAGCAACUGGUCAAUUGGAGGUGUGCCAGUGAUUCCCAUGCAGUCUUUUGCAGGCGUAAGCUUAUUUUAACUCUUACUGCAGGACCCAAGUACCAUUUUCCCAGAUUUCAAAAUGUUUGAUUUAGUUGAUUAGUUAUAAAGGUAGAUUCCUUCAUUGUUUCCAAUGCCUGACUUCUGUGUUCUUUCCGA